GGGAGGGGACAGGGGAUGCGCCCACCGUCGCCCGCCUUUCCCCUGCGACUGGCGGGUAGCGCCGGCAUCUCUCGGGCCAGGCUGGGGCUGGGCGGCGGGGGCGUGCAUUUAAAGGGAGCCGCGGAGCCAAUGCGCAGGAAGGGGCUGAGCAUGUGGGGAGGUUGUUUACAACAGCCCGGCCCCGGGAGCUUUAACCCGGCCGGCGGCGAGGCGCGGAGCGGGGCUUUCCGGACGCUGGUGUCCAACAUGGCGAGUGUGCUGUCCAGGCGUCUGGGGAAGCGCUCCCUCCUAGGCACCCGUGUCUCCACCCCUGGUGCCUUGGCCGAUGGGGUGCUGGUGGCCACCCAGAUCCCUGGCUUGCAGACCGACCUUGGCCGGGCAUCUGCCUAUGCAGUACCUCAAGAGGAUGGAUCCUGUACACUGUUAGCGGAGGAGAGCAGCCAAACACCCAGGCUUCCCAGCCCCAGCUGCCAGCAGCUCUGUGCCGGACAGCAAGUCCUCAUCACCUACAACGGGCAGGAGUGUGCUGGCCUUGUGGAGCAGCACAACCCGCUGAGUGACAAGAUGAAGGUGCUGCUGCCAGAGCAGGGCUUGCAGGCAUGCUGGAGGGUACAGGACGUGCGGCCGGCCAUGCUCCAGCCCCCUACCCUGCCUGCCGCUGGUGGUCCCACCCCUGCUGAUGCACUGCAGAGAUCUGUGUCCAGCAACAUCGAUGUGCCCAAGAGGAAAGCUGAUGCUGCUGUGGAAAUGGAUGAGAUGGUGGCAGCCAUGGUGCUGACAAGCCUCUCCUGCAGCCCCGUGGUGCAGAGCCCUCCCGCUGGCGAGAGCGGCAUCCCCCCCUCACGGGCAGUGUGUGAUCUAUGGAAGGAGAGUGGUGAUGUCUCAGACAGCGGCAGCAGCACCACCAGCGGGCACUGGAGUGCGGGCAGCGACAUCUCUACGCCUUCACCCCCCCACCCCGCUGGCAGCCCCAAGUACUCCAGUGAGGGCCUGAGCUCUCCCCAGGUGGAUGAUGGCUUUGAGACCGAUUCUGACCCCUUUCUCCUUGAUGAACCCGCUCCACGCAAGAGAAAGAACUCGGUGAAGGUGAUGUACAAGUGCCUCUGGCCAAGCUGUGGCAAGGUCCUGCGCUCCAUCGUCGGCAUCAAGCGGCAUGUCAAGACCCAGCAUCUCGGGGAUAGUGCAGACUCUGACCAGCGGAAGCAAGAGGAGGAUUUCUACUACACUGAAGUGCAGGUGAAGGAAGAGCCAGCACCAGAGGUGGCUGCCACCACCAGCCCCAUAUCCACAUCUGCCCCCAUCAUCAUCCAGCAAGCCCUGGCAAAGCCAGAGGCGCUGCUGGUGGAGCAGCCAGUGCUGGAGCCCGCCCUGGCCAGCAGUGCCCUAAGCCAGUCUGCCCCUAGCUCCUUCUGGCACAUCCAGGCGGAUCACGCCUACCAGGCAUUGCCCUCGAUCCAAAUUCCAGUGUCCCCUCACAUCUUCACCAGCAUCAGCUGGGCCACUGCCACCUCAACCCUCCCAUCCCUGUCACCGGUGCGGAGCCGGUCACUCAGCUUCAGUGAACCCCAGCCACCAACACCGAUGCUCAAGUCCCACCUGAUUGUCGCCUCGCCGCCCAGGGUGUCUGUCGGCACCAGGAAAGUCCGUGGUGAAGCCAAAAAGUGCCGUAAGGUUUAUGGCAUCGAGCACCGGGACCAGUGGUGCACGGCCUGCCGGUGGAAAAAAGCCUGCCAGCGCUUCCUGGACUGAGCACAGCACCACGGUGCCGUGUCCCUCCCCAGCUCCUAUCCAGGAGCACCGAAGUCCCUCACUGCUGCAACCAGGGACCUUGGAGGUAUCUCUUGCAACCCCAGAAGACACCUCCAGAGCUGCCUGUAAAUUCCUCCUCGUGUAUAUUGUACAUCUGCUGGUUUGCUCUGUUUUUAAAAAACAUUUUCCAACUUUUUUCUUUUUUUUUAAACCUGGAGAGUAUCUCCCUUUGUACAGUAAAAGCUGGGGCUGGGAGGGAAGGAAGCUGGUUCCUCAGGGUUCACGGGAGAUUGUAGGUGAUUUGGGGACCAAAGACCUUCCUGCAUUUCCCAGAUCAGCCCUAAAAUUUCCCAAACUGCCGCAGCAUGGCUGGGGUGAGGCAUCGAGGCAGCUUUCUGUGUUCUUUUACUACCUAUAGAAGUGCAAAUUUCUUGUACCCUUUAAGGGAAGGGGUCUGUAAUGAUUCUAGCUUUAAGAAAGAAAAUGCCAUUGGAUUGCUGCAAGCCAGGCGGGAGCUGUUCUCGGGACAGGGGUUGGAGGGUUCUUUCCCUGCGUGCAUGUGGUCUUUGCUUGGGUCACAUCACACCUGUGGUUUGAGCCUACACAUACCUCCAGUCAGUUUCACUGACUGUCAUUUUUGGAGAUCUCUUGGGAGGAGGGAAGCACCCAAAACACUUCAACCAGGAAAACUCUGAGACUUUUUAAGGCAAAACCUACGUUUUAGGCUUUGUAAGUCGGCUUAGCUCCGUGACAAUCCAGGUUGUGGUACUGGCCAUGUGUUUCAAAACGAGGUUGAGCAAUUUUACUCUUUUGUAAAUUAAUGAUUCCACCAGUAAAGGCAGCUGGGAGGACUGGGAAGGCCAAACACUUCAAUAUUGGCUUUUAAAUCCCAUCGAGCCUGGGGGGAGUCAGUUUUCUGACUUCCAUCCUUUAAAAUCUGUAUUUACCUGAUCGAAAUUGCUGGUGCUUUCUUGUCACUGUUGCUGCUGUCUCUGCUCCACCAGCAGCACUGGCAGGGCGUCAUGCGUGGUGUCAGACUGGGAUGCAUGUGGCCCUGGAGCCAGAUUCCCGGUCACUGGUUUUCUCCCCUUGCUGGAGCCGGCAGCUGUUUGGAUUUGUAUUACUUUUUUGCUGCGUUUUUGAUAAUCACAGUCUCUAACCUGCAGCCAUCGAGGCGAGAGUGGUCCCUGCACUCAGCUUGAGCUUGGGUUGGUUUGAAGGACAGUGCCACAACCCAACUUAUAGAAGUGAAAUCAGGUGGCUGGGAGAGUCUGGUAUUGUUCCCAGAUCACCAUGAGCCCUGCUGCUGAAGGGAUCAGAUGGGCAGGCGAAGUGGGCUGAGAUCCAUUUAUAUGUGUUCCUGGUGCUUGGCGAUGUGUUUGGGUAUUUUUUGUUGUUCGUUUCUACUUCUGUACAUGUAAACAGUGUCUCAUCCUGCAGCCUGAUCUCUCUGGUAUCCAGCUGGCCAAAGCAAAAUAUGGCCACUGGAAAGCCAGAGGGAAACUCCCCAGGCAGGGAGUGACCCUGCGGGGUUCCAUCCCUGGGUGUGUCUGGACACUCUGGCUCAAAUCCCAGGAAGAGAAGUGGUUUUGGCUCCGCUUGUUCAGGCUCCCAUCCUUGCUGGACUGCAGUAUUAGGAGUGAAGCGUCAGAAAAAGCAAUUCCCACUUCCGUCGGCAUGGGUGCCGAGCCUUUCAGGAAGGGCACUGGGAUGUCGUGAUGCAGGGUUUUGGUGAUGCCGGUGGCUCUCAAGAAGCAAGCUGGUGCUUUGGGAAGUCCACACAGCACCUUGCUGUGUUACCAUAUUUCAGAUAUUUUUAAAAAUCGGGCUUGAAGCAGCAGAAGAAAAAAAAAAAAGGGUGGAUUUGUGCAUUCCUCAGCCCACCUUUGCCUCCGCAACACAGAGAGAGUAGGCAGGGCCAGAGAUUCUGUUCCUUGCUCUUUAUGCCCUUUCCGCCCCACAUGAGAUGGGGCAGAGCCGGGUCCCUGGCUACAUUGGCCAAGCAUGGCUCAGGUCUCACUGGUUCCAGCUCAGUUACUCUGGGAACUGUCAAACCAAGCCAUCGGGGUGCAGCACCGCCUCCUCCCACUGCAUAGCACUUCCAGCCCAGCAGCGGUGCUGACCUGGCAUCAGAGCAUUGGAGCGUGGUGCCAUUUUAUCAGGGGUGCAGGUACAGCUGCUUUUCCAAGGGCUGCUGCGGUGUGGACAGAGCUGAGCAGGGUUGUCCCUAGUGUUCACAGCGCUUUCCUGUUGGGUUUUUAUUUUUAAUGGAGAAACUGAUGCAGGGUGGGUUGGUAUUCAUUUUUUUCCCUUCUGGUUUGGGAGUAUUUUGGAAUUUCUACACUUUAAAACAGGAAAACCUUCUCGUAUUUUUGCAGAAGUGACAGCAGGCUUCCACCAGGAUGGUUGGCAUUGGAUAUAUAUUUUUAUAAAUAUUUUCCCCCCUUAUUAUUUCCCUUCCCUUUUAUUUUUUAACUUGCUUCCAGCCACCUCCCAACCGUUGGACUUUCCUUCCUAACACUUGAGUCUCGCUGUUCUCAAGAGAGCUCCUCUUCAGCCCCAACCGCAGCACCUAAAUCCCGUGUGGAGAGUUUUCCCUCAUCCCUGUGGCUGUCUCCCAGAGUGCGAAUAUGUAUGUACGUAAGAACCUCUUAAUUGGGCACUAAUUAGAGGCUGCUCUCCCUUGUCUGCUGGGAUACACGGCUGGAGGGGUUGAGCUGGACCCUGAUUGGCAAAGCGAGUGUAUGCAGUGCAGGGUGACACCACCUUGUCACUGCUGCCGUCAGUUGGGGCUGCAGGGUCCUGUCACAGGGGACACUUGGCCUUGUGGCCGUGCCACUGGCCAAGCAGGGACAGUGCUGGGUCGAGUGAAUUUUCUGUCAUGUUGAAGCUUUUUUAGCUGUCUUCCGAGUAUUAUUUUUAUUGUAAAAAAACAAAACAAAACAAAAAAACCCACAAAAGAGAGGGGAAAAAAAAAAAGUUAAAUAAAAAUGUGAAAUGUAAUUUUUACAGCAGCAAUAUGAAAUAUAUUUUAUAAGAAAUAAAAAGAAAAGUUGCCUGA